AUGCAAACUCCAACGGGAGAGCGGCAUGCGUUUCAGGCCGCCGAUUACGCCGUCUGUGGUUCCAUGCUCUUAGCGUCUCUUGCUAUCGGCUUCUACUACGGUCUGAGGGGCGGUCGGCAGCACACCUCGGCCGAGUAUAUUCUGGCCAACCGCCGUAUGACCGUGGUCCCCGUCACGCUCUCUCUCCUGGCCAGCUACUUCUCCGGUAUCUCUCUACAGGGGAUGCCGUCAGAUGUCUACUUCAGAGGCACCAUGGGCGUGUGGGCUGCCGCCCCAGUUGUGUUCAGCGGGUUCAUCUCGUUGUACUUCUUCGUGCCGCUGUACUACAACAUGGGAAUAACAUCUGUGUUUGAAUAUUUGGAACUAAGAUUCAACAGGGCUGUACUAGCAUGUGGAGUUUUCGCCUUCAUUUUCUUUGCGAUUCUGUACAUGGGUUUGGUGACAUUUGCAGUGUGCGUAGCCGCAACGGCAGUCACAAGUGUAAGUUACUCGCUGGCUGUGGUGUGCCUCGUUGGUGUAUGCACCGUCUAUACAGUCAUUGGCGGCAUGAAGGCGGUCUUGUGGACAGACACACUGCAGAUGCUUGUCAUAUUCUCUACCAUCAUCAUUGUCAUCAUCAAAGGAAACUUUGAGAUGGGUGGCAUCGAGAACGUCUGGAGAAUCGCCGAAAAGGGGCAACGGAUACAGUUGCUUAAUACCAGCCCCGAUCCGACUGAAUACUACACUGUGUGGGGAUUACUCAUUGGCCAGUUAGGAACUGCAGCCACUGUGCACAUCAGCAACCAGUAUAUGGUCCAACGCUAUCUGGCAUGCAAGAGCCUCAACGUGGCAAAGACCACCUUGUCGUCUGUGCUGAACGGCGUAGCUGCCUUACUAGGUGAGCAUCUCGUCAAACCUUGCUGGAAGACCCUCAGUGACGAGAGAUACACACUCGUCUUGAAGAUCAUCGCUACAGUUUUCGCACUGGUUACUUUUGGGAUGGCGUUCCUGGUGCCCUUGAUGGGGAGUGUCACGCCUGCUGCCUUCGCUUCCUAUGUGGUCGGAGCUGCUGUGGGUGUAUGGCUGGGUGUUGGGAACAUUAUUCACGGCGGACCGUCUGAUGCUGAAUUGCCUUUAUCGACAGAAGGCUGUGAUGAGAUGAACGUGACAACAGAGACCGUGGUAACGCAGUACGUAAUGAACGGAUUUGUGACGGAAUACCUGAAUAGUUCUUUAGCCACUGUUGAACCAACAGUAGAACGGUGGCAAUGA